UCAUCUCAAUGGACAUCUUCCGGGAGUUGGUCCCUUCCAUUCUUAUGUAAUUUUCAUUGCUUUUCUCUAUAAGGCCGACACCUCACAUGUCCUCAAGACUGGAUAGAAUUUGAAAACUCGUGCUAUAAGGUUAUGGAUAGUUUUGGUUAUUCGCAGGAAUUCAGUUGGUCGAGAGCUUUAAGCGUGUGUUAUGGGUUUGGAGGAUACCUUGUAAGUGUGGCGAAUAAAAAGGAAAUGGAUUUUGUUCGCAGCAUUUCUCCCAAGAUCACCGACAGUUCAGCUUGGAUUGGGCUGGUUUAUUACUUCCAGAAAAAUGAAUAUCUAUGGAGCAAUGGAGAACCUUUUAAUUGUUCUUUUUCCGUCGAGUCGCUUUGGUACUGUAUGAAGAUUACUGUACGUGAAGACAAAUGUGGCGAAAUCUUCAGAAAUGAUUUGAGCCUCACCGAAUGUUGCAAGAAAAAGAAAUAUUUCAUCUGUGAAAGGGAGAAAGGUAAGUUGUUCCUAAGAAAGCACUUGAUAAGAAAAAAAUGAAGGAUAGGCGGGGUUGUGUUUUUGAGUUAAAAACAUCUCAUAAACUACAGCUACAAACCAGUGAGGAGCACCGGACCUUCUGUAAACAAAUAUAAGGAUAUAUAAAAAUAGAUUUUGAGAUUCCUUUUUAUUUUAUCUCUGUAUUCUCUCCGUCUUCUUGAUGUAAGGAUAAGUUUUUAGUUUGUAGUUUUGCAUAUAUAUGGUCAGUUUUGAGCAUAUGUGCCAAAUAAAGAUGAAAGUUAAGCUUUGACUUGUUCCGGGGGGGGGGGAUUCGUCUCUAUAAAAAUUUGGAGGUGCUCGUCGAAAUUUUCAAAAUACACCCCUAAAAGAUAUCAGAAUAUAGCAUCUGUGUGUGGUUCAAAUUCAUUUCAACCCUUCCUGAGAGGUAAUGUACGGAAANAUGUGGCAAAUAAAGAUGAAAGGUAAGCUGUGACUUGGUCCGGGGGGGGGGGGAUUCGUCUCUAUAAAAAUUUGGAGGUGCUCGUCGAAAUUUUCAAAAUACACCCCUAAAAGAUAUCAGAAUAUAGCAUCUGUGUGUGGUUCAAAUUCAUUUCAACCCUUCCUGAGAGGUAAUGUACGGAAAAAAACGGUUGAGUAACCAAAAUACAUCCUAUAAUUUUCAGCGAGACACCUCGACAGGCUUCUAAAAGGUACCAAAACAGCUCUUAUGGCAACAUCUAAUAUGUUCAUAUUUUAGAUCAGAGCCGGCCACUAAGUGGUAUCAAUCCACAAAUCAAAUAUUAACCCCCAAAAGGUAGGACGAGUUCCCUUAUGAUCUUUUUUGGUGACUUCUCCCCUACGGACUUGUUUUGCUUUCGUUUUUUUUUUCUACACUUAUCGCCAAAGUUACUUUGAGUUUUAAUUGGUUCACUGCUUACGUUUUCCCUCUUGUCGGAUUAGUACAUGUAUGUGUCAAUCAAAUGCCAUAAUUUCACGGGUGUUACACUCUUGUCCAAAUCCUACUAAUGUGGACGAGGGAAAUUACCACCUAACUUCACGAGUAUAGCAUUUGAUUACCUCUGAUUAAUAUCAUGGGUGACCCCACUGACGAAUUACGCUCACAAUCGUAGGCUUUUUACAUGUUUAUCAAAAGAUUAUCGAACGAGAAAUCCACGCUCUGAAAACUUAAUAGAGCUCAAAAUCUUCCUUAAGUUUAUAAGUUUCAGACUUCUUCGACCAAAUCCUGAUAGAAUCCUUCUUAAUGUGCUCUUUCGUGUGUUUAGGUUUUCUUAACCGUCUUUUGAUGCCCUGACAUCUUCAUUUCUAAAAUUUAAAAACUUUGCCGCCAUCUUAGCACUGAGACGUACGAAAGGUUGCCAAGGCAAUUUUAUAAUUUCACAUGUGAAAUUAUAAAAUUAUCGCUGAAAUUUCUCGCCAAUUUGUCACCGAUCAGAUUGACUUUCUUGGUUUAGUGUACUACUAACUGUUCUUUAAAUUAGGUCCACUGGCUUGUUCUAGCGAUUGGCAUCUCAGUGGAUCGUCUUGCUACAAAGAAAUUUAUAAAAAAAGUACAUGGAAAGAUGCUCAAAAGGCAUGUUUUGACUUCGGAGGAGGUCUGGUGAAGAUAGAUAAUUACUAUCAGCACCUAUUUUUGAUUCGUUUCCUGGAACUUUCUGCUGUAAAGAAAGAGGAAAUAGGUGUA